AAACAGCAGAAUGAGAGGACUUGUGUUCUUGUGCCUGUUUGGAUGUUCAUUUGGAACCAAUGAUUUAUUCUCUUGGAAUGGACCUGGAGAACCGAGUCAGCCUGAACCCGUCGUUGACAACGUUUGUCUCACUGACUCUGACUCCUGUAACUGCUGCCUGAUGCAAAAGCAGAUGAUGAGAAUGGAGAGGUACUUCAACAUGAGCAUGAUCGAGAUGCGCAAGGGUCUGGAGAGGGCUCAGGCUUCUCUGAACUUUGUACGCUCCAGCCGGAGUGCCUUUUCAGUGGCACUGACUGACACAUCUCGAUGCCAAAUGUCCAGCCGAGAUGAUAUGGUUGUGAAAUACCAGGUUAUUUUCAUUAACUUAGACAAUGCCUACAAUAUUAGCACAGGCGUCUUUACAGUCCCACGCUCAGGGGUCUAUGUGCUGGCCCUUACAGCAUACAGUGACGCAGGUGCCCCUGGUGCCCUAUUGGCUGCCAGUGUUCGUCUGCGUAAAAAUGGUCUAGUGAUUGCAGCACUCAGCGAGUACAACAUGCAGGACCAGGAAGACAGUGCCACCAUUGUCCUGGCAAUAAAGAUGCAAGCAGGGGACACAGUGGAUGUAACUCUCCCUGCUGGCUGCUUCUUGUGUGAUGGCAACAGUCAUUACAACACCUUCAGUGGCUUUUUGCUUUAUGCUACAGAAUAAUAAUAAUAAUAAUAAUAAUAAGAAGAAGUAUAACAAUAAAAGAACACUAAUGCCAUGUUUUGUUUAGAUCUUUCAAAAUUAGGGCCAUGUAUCCAUCGGCUCUCAUAUCAAAUUCCUGAUCUGAAAAUCUGUUGGAUUCCCAAUUCAUAAAUAAGCUCCAGAUUCAUCAUGGCUGCUACAGGUUUAUUUCAUACUGCGUAAAAUGAGCAUUCAAAAGUUUCUUCUUCUUUUAUUUUGUCUAAGCUUUAAAACUUAAGUAA